GUUUUACGGAAACAUCUUUUUAGAAUUAUAGUAGCAAUCGCUAUUGGAGCAUUACUUAUUGGAUUUAAUUUGGAAUUUGUAGUAGAUACCAUUCUUUUCGCUCCUUCUAAACCCGAUUUUAUAACUUUUCGUUUUUUAAACCAACUUUCCGAGUGGAUGGGAACGGAUACGCAUAUUUCUAUGCCUGAAAAAUUCCCGAUUCAAGUACGGAAAAUGUUUGAACAAAUUAACGUAGCCAUGUCCGUCUCUCUCAUAGGAGGGGUAGUAGUGGCUUUUCCUUAUAUUGUUUAUGAAUUAUGGAAAUUUAUUGAACCGGCUCUCACUUCCAAAGAAAAGAAAAAAUCGCUCUUUUUUAUAUUUAGCAUCAGUUUUUUCUUUCUUUUAGGAAUUUCGGUGGGGUAUUUUUUAAUCACUCCUUUAUCUAUCCAUUUCGGAUAUUUUUUUAAGAUUUCCGACCAGCCCAUUACUUUAAUUGAUUUAUCGGACUAUAUAGACCUUGUAGUAAAUACCUGUGUAGCGAUGGGAGUGGUAUUUUUGUUCCCCGUUGUGGCUUACUUUUUAACUUCCAUCGGAAUUUUAACUCCCGAGUUUUUAGCUACUUAUAGGAAACACGCCAUUGUGGCUAUUAUGAUUGUUGCUGCUAUUAUUACCCCUCCGGAUGCAACCUCUAUGGUCAUUGCCUCCAUUCCUCUUAUUGGGUUAUAUGAGUUAAAGGUACUUAUUUCGCCCGGUUCACGAAAUGCUCCCCUUUCUAUCCAGUUUUCCAAUCAUCCCAAAUUUACCGUUUAUACGAUAGUCGAUGAACGCUCUGCCGGAUUUGUAGGAGUAGGAAUGAGCCAAGUAACUAAAAAACCUACUGUUUUGUGUUGCACCAGCGGCUCGGCAGCGGUAAAUUAUUACCCGGCGAUUGUAGAGGCUUUUUACCAAAAUGUCCCUUUACUUGUUCUUACGGCAGACCGCCCGAAAGAAUAUGUAGAUUCUUUUGACGGACAAACCAUUCGCCAAAAAGAAGUUUUUGAAAAACAUUCCUACGGAAAUUUUGAACUCUCGGAAGAAGAAUCCGAUGCAGCUAAUCUGGAAAAUUAUUUAACGAUAAAAAAAGCCCUUACGUGUGCUAUAGAAAACUCCGGACCGGUACAUAUCAACAUCCCUUUUUCCGAACCUUUGUACGAAACCACCGAUGAAAUUCAAGUACAAAUUGAUGAAUUUAAGUUCCCACCUAAAAAAGAAGAAGAAAUUUCCAUGGAAAAACUACUUCCCAUCGCCAAUCAAUCUAAAAAAAUUAUGGUGGUAGUAGGGAUGCAAGAAGUCAAUCCUGCUUUGAAACAAGAACUUAUCCAAUUCGCUCAAAACCAAAAUGUUACGGUUUUAACGGAAUCCAUCUCCAACCUUAAUCAUCCCGAUUUUCUUCCCUCCAUCGACCCGCUGAUUUUUAACUUUAAAGAAGACCGAAAUGAAGCCUUUGCUCCCGAUUUACUCCUUACCUUAGGACAAAAUACCGUUUCAAAAAAGAUAAAAAGUUUUUUACGAAAUUCAAAACCGAAAAAUCAUUGGCACAUAGAUCCUUUUUGGCAACCCGACACCUACUUUUGUCUGACUGAAAAAAUAAAAACCACUCCGGAACGAUUUUUAUCGCAAUUAAAUGCCUCUUUUUCACCCUCUCCUUCUGAUUAUAAAGAAAAAUGGCAGACUUUACAACAUAAAAAAGAAGAAAUUCAUCAAAAUUUUAUGGAAAAUCUUCCUUUUUCCGAUUUAAAAAUUUUUUCAAUUUUAGAAGAAAUGCUUCCCGAUGAUAUAACUAUUCAUUUUGCUAAUAGCACCCCCAUUCGUUACGCUCAAUUAUUUGAUUUUACUCGAGGAAAUAAAAAAGUUUAUUCCAAUCGUGGAGCGAGCGGAAUAGAUGGAAGUACCUCUACCUCAGUAGGAUAUGCAAUGAUUUCGGAUACUCCAACACUUCUUAUUACC